AAUAACAACUCUAUUGUUUUUCGUUUUGCUUGCGUAAUCUUGAAUUUAAUGCUUGCUUACCCGUCUCUCCCUGGUUCUUACUACUACAGUACUUCCUACCAGGCUACCACCCCGUUCGUUCCAAAGCAUGAGUGCUUGAUUUGAUAUCCUCGUUCCUCUGUGGCUCAUCGCUUCUUCUUCCAUUACCAAAGUCAAAUGAUCCAAGGCUUGUGGUGGUGGUUUGCCAAUCUUAGCUAACCCGAACGACCCACAUUCAAUAACAUUUUCCCCAACGGUUUUGUCAUUUAAAGAUCUCUCCGCAUUCCGCAACACCCACUCCCACUUCCCUUAUAUCUAGAGGAGUCUUGUAUCUCCACAGAUGCAAGAUGGCUGCCUGUUUCAUCGAGCAGCUCAAAGCUCAACCCUCUUGGGUUGUUCUGCUCUUGGUUUUCGGCUCCCUUUCUUUGUUCAAAAUCGCUUUUGCUCUUCUCAAAUGGGUUUACGUUACUUUUCUCAGGCCUGCGAAGAAUCUAAAGAAAUACGGCUCCUGGGCUCUCGUUACAGGACCAACUGACGGCAUCGGAAAGAGCUUCGCCUUUCAGUUGGCUCGUAAGGGGCUCAACUUGGUCUUGGUUGGUCGGAAUCCUGAUAAGCUCAAGGAGGUUUCCGAUGCAAUUCAGGCGAAAUUUGGCAAGACCCAGAUCAAGAAUGUUGUUGUCGAUUUCGCCGGUGAUCUUUCCGACGGGAUUAAACGGAUUCAGGAGUCCAUUGAAGGAUUAGAUGUUGGGAUUUUGAUUAAUAAUGUCGGCAUCUCAUACCCAUACGCAAGGUUUUUCCAUGAAGUCGAUGAACAGCUCUUGAAAAAUCUGAUUCAAAUCAAUAUUGAAGGAACCACGAAAGUCACGCAGGCUGUUCUUCCGGGGAUGCUUAAGAGGAAGAAAGGCGCGAUUGUCAAUAUCGGUUCUGGUGCCGCCAUUGUCAUACCUUCAGAUCCUCUUUAUGCUGUUUAUGCUGCUGCUAAAGCGUACAUCGAUCAAUUCUCCAGAUGCCUCUAUGUUGAGUACAAGAAGAGCGGGAUCGAUGUCCAGUGCCAGAUUCCCUUGUAUGUGGCCACAAAGAUGGCAUCAAUCAGAAGAUCUUCCUUCUUUGUACCAUCAACAGAUGGCUAUGCUCGGGCUGCCAUGCGCUGGAUAGGCUACGAACCACGAUGCACACCUUACUGGCCACACUCUGUUCUAUGGGGCUUGGCAUAUUCAUUACCGGAAUCAAUCAUUGAUGCAUGGCGUCUUAACUUCUGCCUUGGGAUCCGUAAGAAGGGACAACUAAAGGAAUCAAGGAAGAAGGAAUAGAUGGUGAAUAUUUUAUUAAUGUUUUGGGGAGAUCAGCUAGUUUUAGCUUAUAAUUCUGUGAAUCUAGUUUCUCAAAACUUAAUUUAUCUGUUACAUUAUCCUAGUUUAAAGAAUUUUAUUUUCAAAAUCAAAUUUGUAGUUGUUGAUGGGUGUAUUACUGCGACAUACAUACAGUAGUCCUUGCCCUCGAUCAUUAUAACCAGUAGUUAUGGCUAAAGGUUGUUUAUUAUAAAUUACUAUUUAUUUUUUUUUUAUUUAUUAGUAACCACUGUUUCAGUUCA